AUGGGAGAAUUUUUUCAACAGCGCCAGGAGCUCAUAGCACAAGAUAUCAAAGAUCUAGCCUUAAUGAAGCCGACUGAACUAGAAAUCCUAGCAAAUUUAAAAUUAAGCCAAAUCAAAGAGCAGUUUUCCACACAAUACUCUAUUGAUGAUAUGCUUGAUUUUUGGUCAAUUCGUGAUUCAGUCAUAAACACGCGUCUUUUCCAGAUUUUCAAAAAAAUGCCAAAAGGGGCUGUCCUUCACAUGCAUUACGGCGGCAUGCUCCCUGCAGUUGAUGUCUUAUCAAUCUUGAAAAAUGACCCAGAAAUUUACAUUAAAACUAUUGAUAAUUGUCCAUACAUUUUUUCAAGCUGUCAGACCGAUUCAAUUUCUCUUACACAAUACUUAGAAAACCCAGAAAAUGAAAAAACUCUUUUAAAUGUCUUAGAAACAAAUCGUGAAAAAUCAGUCGGUUUGCCCUCAGAAUGCUGGUCAAGUUUUAUGCAAAUUUUUACCUCAACCUUAUCAGCAUUCUCUGAUAAUAGAAUUUUAGAAAAAUACAUAGAGCUCGCUUUUACUCGAUUUUACGAAGACAAUGUCCAAAGAGUGGAAUUUAGACAUAUGCCUUUUUCGAUCCAGGCUACAGAAACUGAUGGCUUGCCAAGCGAAAAUAUUGCAUUUCUUAAAAACGUAUGUGAAAGAUUUACCUCAAAUCACCCAGAUUUCACAUCAGGAGCUAUUUUAUGUACAAUUAAGCUGUUUUCGAAGGAAAGAAUAAUUAAGGAAACUGAAGAAAUUUAUAUGCUGCAUUUAUUGUUUCCUAAGUUUGUAUUAGGAUUUGAUAUCCCAGGAGAAGAAGAAAAAUAUAGAGAAGACGAAGAUAUUUUUGGGGAUAUUCAUAGGAUUAGUGAAAAUGCUAAAAAAAGCGGAAAUCAUUGUCCGAUCUUUUUGCAUGCAGGAGAAGUGGUUAAUAAGCCUGGCCCAACGGUUUAUGAUGCUUUUGCAAUAGGAAGCAAAAGAAUUGGGCAUGGAAUUUCUUUGAUAAAACACCCUCAGCUAUUAAGGAUAGCUAAAAAAGAAAAAAUUACGAUAGAGUCUUGUCCGAUAAGUAAUAUGAUAUUGGGUUAUGUGAGAGAUCCAAGAGUCCAUCCAGCGCUGGCUUAUUUGUUCCAAGGAAUCCCAGUGACGAUUAGUUCUGAUGAUCCAGGGUGUUUUGGAUAUAGUGGAGUCACACAUGAUUGGGUUUGGAUUUAUAUGCUUUGGGGUAUAAACUUGAUGCAUGUUAAAAAAAUGAUUGAAAAUAGCAUUGAUGGAUGUACAGAGCCGGAAGAAGUAAGAAGAGUUUGGGAAGGAAAAUGACAAGAAUUUAUCGAAUAUUUAGCUAAUCUAGAAAUUUAA